AUGUCUUCCGCGGGCGGCCCCAGCGGGGGUCACCAACACGACCCGCGGUUUGCGAGCCAGAAUCUGGGCAACUCACUCGGCAACAGAAGUUGCGUUCGUCAGACCAAGUUUUUUCGCAUGUACGAGUCGGGCAACACGAUGAAGGACCUGCUCGGCCAUUCUUCGCUGCACUGGGACUUCAAUCAGAAAGAGGGCGCCUACAAGGGACAGCCCAUUGAAGAUCCAUACGCGCUGGGAAAACCCACGGACAAGGCCGCCGAUGGCGGAGCAACGGCGUCCGCGGGGGCGUACAGUGUCUCUUCCGCGUCCCAGCCGUCGCAUCAGAAGCAUGAUAGUGGGGCCAGCAGUAGUUCUGCCGCUGCACGGGGGAAGAAAAGUAGUAAUUCCAUUUUCAAGAAUAGUAACAACGACCGUGACAGCUUUGUCCAAAAAGCAGACCGGAGUCCCUCCUUUCAGAAAGAGUUUCACCAGACCAAUAUGUACCACGACGGCCACCUUGAGGGUACAACGGGGAGCACUCCAACCUCCAAGAGUAAGAAAAAGGCGUACAGUCCGCACCAUUACGUGUCGACUGGAACUGAAGCCGCGGACAGCGCAAGUUUCACAAAAAGUAACUCGUUAGCAGCAAAUGCACCGAACCCACAAACUGGAUCAUCAUUAUCUUACGAUUCCGUUUCUCGUCCUCCCCAUCUACCUAGUAGUGACGUUUCGGCACAGCCCCACCCUCCUACUGCGGGUAAUCCAAUGCAGUCGGGGCCUUUUGCCACACUUGGAUCAUUUAACACCUAUCGCACCAGCUCUUCUGCGUAUGGAAGUGGCAGCUGGCAGUAACAGUAAGAGAAACUCUUUCGAAGCGAGUCGCUUGCGCUGUCUUGAAAAGAGGGCAGGA